AUGAGCAAUGAAUUAGCGUACACUAUACCGGAGCGGUCGUCACCUGGGUCACCAAGGACCGCGCCUUCCGCUGUUGUGCACCAGAACGGAGGUGAAAAGUGUGCUACUGAUGCACAGAAGAUCCGUGCCAGAAACAACAUCUCCAUUGGCACAUGGAACGUACGGACACUGAGAACAGCCGGAAAACUAGAAGAGCUCACGUACGAGAUGGACAGAUAUCAAUGGGCCGUACUUGGACUUUGUGAAGUGCGGUGGAAGAAAUUCGGGAAGAUAACGACACACGAAGGCCACAAGUUGUACCUCAGAGGAGAAGAGGACAAGCAUAUGAAUGGCUUUGGAUUUUUUAUUCACAAAGACAUCGUGAAUACAGUCAUGGGCUGCCGCCCUAUUUCUCGCCGGCUUAUUACCAUCCGCCUUAGGGCAGUCCCAUUCAACAUCACUAUCAUUCAGGCAUACGCCCCGACGUCAGACUACGAUGAGCAGGCUGUGGAGGGCUUCUACGACCAGAUACAAGAAGUGAUAGACCAGACCCCUAUAAAAGACACCAUUGUUGUACAAGGGGACUGGAAGGCAAAACAUCACGGAGAUGGACAUGGCACAGUCCAAGUGGAGAACAUCACGACCAGAUUGACUACAUCACGGAGAUGGACAUGGAACAGUCCAAGUGGAGAACAUCACGACCAGAUUGACUACAUCACGGAGAUGGACAUGGCACAGUCCAAGUGGAGAACAUCACGACCAGAUUGA